AUGGCGCGCCUGUAUGACUACAGCAAAUGGGACAAAAUCGACACGGACGACGCGAGCAGCAGCGACGACGACGACGGCGAGGUCGUGAUAGAGAACGACUGGGCGGAGGAAGACCGGCCGCCGCCGCAAACGGUGACCGACGUCGCCGCGCUCGCGGACGCCGACGACCGCCGGCCGCCGCCGCCGCCGGAGCCCGUCCCGAACGUCGUGCACGGGCCGGAGCUGCCGCCGCCGCCGCCGCCGCCGCCGCCGCUGCCGCGUUGGGAGGUCGACGGCCUGCCGGCGACGCUCGUCGAGUGCGAGGCGUGCGACGUCGAGAAUGAGAACGCGCGCGGCGAGCUCGAGGAGCUCUGCCGCGGCUUCCUCUGGGUGCCCGGCAUCCGCGGGUCCCAGCGCGGGGGCUUCGCGCCGCCGGCGAUCCGCGUCGAGACGGGCCCGGUCGCGGCCGCGGGCGCCGUCGCCUUCGCGACGCGCGCGCCGGACCGCCUGCCGUCCUCGAAGAAGGACGCCACCCGGCUCGCCUUCGCGGCGGCGCUGCCGCACGUGCGCGCGCGCAUGGCGGGCGUGCCGCCGCUCGAGGGCACGAAGAAGCAAAAGGCGGCGGCGCGCGCCGCGGCGACGCCGCGGACGCGGCUCGAGCUCGCGGGCGCGGCGCUCGGCUGGGACGCGCCGGAGUUCGAGGGGAAGACGUGCCGCUGGGGCAAGGCGGACGCGCGCCGCUCCUCGACGGCGCCGAACAACCGCGAGGGCGGCGACGUCGCGCAGCUCGCGGCGCUCGUCGCUCUGCGCGCGAUGGAGGCCGACUACGGCGCGGGCGGCGCGGCCGUCGUCGACGCCUUCGUCCGCCAGGCGCAGGCGCCACCCGAGCCGGUGCGCGCGCCGCCGCAGGACGGGGGCGUCGAGGAGGCCAAGGAGGAGCCGCCGCCGCGCGCGACCGCGGCGCGCGCGGCGCGCCCGCCCCCAGUCGGCGGCGGCUCGUCGGUGCUCGACGUCGCGGCGCGCUGCUGCGGCGGCGACGAAGACGCGGGCAAGGGCCGCAACAAGGGCGGGCGGCCCAUGAGCGACGACGAGAUCGAGCGGUUCCGCGCGGCCGUCGUCGGCCUCGAGGUCGCCUGGGGCGCGGACUCGCGCGGCGUCGUCGAGGGCGUCGAGCGGCCCGCGGACGAGCUUCGCGUGCGAGGCUUCGGGUCCGCGGGCGAGGCGCCGACGGUCGCGGCGUGGUGGGAGGCCGUCGGCGGCGGCGAGAAGUUCGGCGUCAAGGCCGCGGCGACGGCGCUCGGGAGCGGCGACGGCGACAAACUCGCGGCGGAGCUCUGCCGGCGCCGCAAGCUCAGAUUCCCGGCGUUCCCCUGCCUGGCCAUCGCCGGCGGCUCCCUCGUGCCCCUGGAGCUCGCGACUCUCGUCGACGGGGGAGCGCCGGUGGACGAGGACGACGACGCGGCCGCGCGGCGCGCGGCCGCCGCGGAGGCGCGCGCCGCGGCCGACGACGCGGCCGCCGCGGGGGCCGCGGCGCUCGCGGCGCGGGUCGUGCUGUGCCUGCGCGCGGGCCGCGGCCGCGUGAACCUGUCGCAGUUCGCGGACGCGCUCCGCGACCGCGGCUUCGCGGCCCUUCCGGGGACGCGCGGCCGCCGCCGGCAGCUCGAGGGGCUCGCGGCCGCGUCGGGCGGCGCGUUCGCGGUCGUCGCCGACGCCGCGUCCGCGUGCUGGGUCGAGCUCGGCGACGGCCAGGACUACGCGGCGCCGCCGCCGAUCGCCGCGCCGCCGCCGCCGGCCGCCGUGUUGCCGCCGCCGGCCGCCGCGCCGCCCGUGCCGCCGCCGCCGGCCGCCUUCGCCGCGCCGGUCGUCGCGCCGCCGCCGCCGGCCGCGCCGUUGCCGCCGCCGGCCGCGGGCGCGGAGGACUGGCUCGGCGACGAGGACGAGGACCUGGGCGCCGUCCCCGGCGGCGCGCUCGAGCGGCUCCGGACCAUCGGCUGGGGCGACGCGGCCUUCGACGCGGCCGCCGCGACGCACCGCGCCGACGAGCCGGAACGCAUCCUCAAGUUCCACCAGCUCCUGGGCGCGGAGCGGCACCGGGCGGGCGUCGAGCCCCACGACGACGCCUGCGCGUGCUUUUGGCUCCGCGUCGACGGCGUGGGCUUCCACAACUGGAGCCCGCGGCGCGGCGUGACGAUGCCCUACGACGGCCGCGUCCACGGCGCCUUCGUCGCCGCGGCGCGCCGCGCCGUCGCCGACUUCCGCCGCCACGGCCUCGAUCCCCUCGCCGCCUUCACGGAGAGCGACGAGAUCACGUUCUUAUUUCGGGGCCCGGCGACCACGGCCGGCGGCGCGUCGGACCCGCGGCGCCGCCUCGAGACCUUCGCCGCGGCCGUCUUCACGUCGGCCUUCGCCGCGGCGCUCCCGGGAGAGAUGACGGACGGGGGCAACGACGGCUUCUUCGACGCGCGAUCGUUCGCGGCCUCGUCGAACGCCGCGGGCCUCGCGGCGCUCGUCUGGCGGCGCCUCGACACGACGCGCAACGCGAGCUCCCAGGCGCUCCGCCACCUGCACGACGUCACGAUCUGUGUCACGAUCACGCCGGGCAACCACAAAGAGCAGCGCGGGCGCCUCGCGGCCCUCGGGACGCCGUGGGCGUCGCUGCCGCCGGAGCUCCGCUACGGCACGCUCCUCCUCGCCGGCGACGACCGCACCCACAACGUGCGCCUCCGCGUGCCGCGCACGGCCGACGAGGCGCGCGUCCUCGACCGCGCGGUCUUCGACGAGCAGCGCUGGACCGACGCGCUCCACGGACCGCACCCGCGAGCGCGCGUCUAG